UACAGUACCAGAACACGUGCCAACUGGCUUUUCCUCUUACAGACUGAAGCAGGCAUUGGUCCUCAUGCUUGGCUUCUUCUUUGUGUUUGGUCUACAGAUCAACAUCUCAAUUGCCAUUGUGUGUAUGGUAAAAGUCUCAAAUACUACCACUGACAAUACUGGCAAUGCUACUUCAAAGUUUUAUAUAUGUGAAGGGGAUACACAACCUUCAGACCCCAGCCAGUCAGUCCCUGGUGCUGAGUUUGAAUGGAACAAUUCACAGCAAGGCUGGAUACUAAGCAGCUUCUAUUUUGGAGUGCUCAUCAGCCAGAUCUUUGGAGGCAUCACAGCCACAAAGUUUGGUCCUAAGAAGGUUCUAGGUAUCGCUAUGACAACUGCUGGUAUAGUAACUGUACUGACACCAGAAGUAACUCGUGCUGGAGGAUUUGGUGCAUUGGUUGCACUUAGGGUUAUUACAGGUUUAAGUACGGGCGUAGCUGGACCAUCAAAUAUGGUAUUUUGGUCUAAAUGGGCACCAGUGUUUGAAAGAACUAAACUUGUUAUCAUAUCAAUUCAAGGAUCUACAAUAGGUGCACUUGUGACAUUGGUCACUUCUGGCAUCCUUUGCACAGUGGCAAGCUGGACUUCCAUAUUCUAUGUGUUUGGUUUAUCUUGUAUUCUCUGGUUAUUCCUUUGGCUCUUCCAUGUAUUUGACACCCCAAGAGAUCAUCCUAGAAUUUCCAAGGCUGAGAGAGAUUUCAUAGAAGACAGCAUUGGAAAAACAACACCAAUCAAGACAAGUGAAAUCCCCUGGAAGAAGAUCCUGAUGUGUCCAGCAGUUCUGUCUAUUUUGGUAAUAGCCAUGUGUGCUAACUGGGCAACAGUGUCCAUAACAACAGUGGGACCAACUUAUCUCAGAGAGAUCCUACAGCUUACCCCUCUACAGAUAGGGUUACUAUCAGGCAGCAUUGCGCUUAUAAUGGUAACAUCAACCAUUAUUUCCUCAUUAGUGGCUGACUUCCUUAGACGUCGGAGAAUUCUCUCUACAGUGGCAACUAGAAAGAUAUUCCAGGCUACAGGUUCUAUCAUACCAGCAACAAGUGCUGUGAUUAUGGGGUUCUUAGAUUGUCGUCACAGGACUGCAGCCAUCUCACUGCUUAUCUUAUCUGCUGUGGGUUCAGGACCAUCAUAUGCAGCCUUCCAUGUUAAUGCUCUAGACAUAGCACCAAGAUAUGCAGGUAUAAUCAGUGGAAUAACAAGCACAUUUGCUACUGUAUCUGGUGCUAUAGCACCAAUUGUUAUCAAAACUAUGACUCAAAAUGGCACACUUGAAGAAUGGCGAAGUGUCUAUAUUCUCAGCGCAAGCAUCGGCAUAUUUGGCCUCAUCAUCUUCCUGCUAUUUGCUCAGGGGGAAGUUUUACCAUGGGCAAAACUAGAUGAUGACAACAAAGACUUAGAACUAGUGGAAGAUACAAUAAAGUCAGAUGGUGAUCAAGAAGUUUUCAGCAUACAUAAUUCUGUGACUGUAAACACCCUGAGCCCAGAGUUUUAUGGGGAACAUAAUAUAAACUUCCAAAACAGAGGUUUUGAAAAUGAUUCAUGAAAAGGUUUUCAAGUGAUUCACAAAAAGGUUUUGAAAAUGAUUCAUAAAAAGGUUUUGAAAA